AAUAUCCUCCAUGUAGAAGAAGCUAAAGUCUCUGUUGAAAGUUGAAAGGGUGUGAAAAAAAACAUGAAGGUGCUUGUUCUGUUCGUUGCUACAGUUUUGGUAGCAUGCCAUGCCUCAGACUACCAAAUGUACCCUCUCCGAUUGAAAACUAGCCAUGUUGGGCAGUACUCCACGGAGGUUUUAUGCGCAAGUUGGAGGCUCGGCGUGGAAGCAAACAACCUCAUCAAAUGGAAAACUGUCCCAGAAGCAUGCCAAGAGUUCGUAGCGGACUAUGUUCUAGGCAACCAAUAUAGAUCAGACUCCAAAACUGUUUGUCGUGAAGUUUAUUUUUACGCCAAAACACUUAAUAUAACUGACAAAGACGUCUUUGUGUUCGACGUAGACGAGACUUUGCUCUGUAAUCUCCAAUAUUAUUCCAAGCAUGGAUUUGGGGUGGAGCGAUUUAAUGCUACAGCGUUUGCAAACUGGGUUGCUGAAGGAGAAGCAUACGCACUACCCGAGACUCUUGUGCUGUACGACAAACUUAUGUCUCUGGGCAUCAAGGUUGUCUUCUUAACCGAAAGAUUAGUAUCUCAGAGAGCUAUAACUGUUGCCAACUUAAAGGAUGUUGGAUUUGACAAAUGGGAAAAGCUGAUUCUGAAGGAUCCAGCUGCAUAUACUGGGAAAUCAACACUUACAUACAAAGCAACUGAGAGAAGGAAGCUGGAGGAAAGUGGUUACAGAAUCAUUGGAAAUGUUGGAGACCAAUGGACAGAUUUGAUGGGAAGUUACAGAGGUUUAAGGACCUUUAAGCUGCCUAAUCCCAUGUACUACAUUGGUUGAGACCUAAAAGCUUAAACCUUGCUCCUGUGAAAAAUAAGAUAUGUAAUGUGCUGACGGAGAGAGUUAGAAUAGGAGCCCUAACUAGCUCUUUUGCAUGACUUUGUUUAACUCCUGUGUUAUGUUUCAUGAUGUUUUUUAGAAAUUUGUCUUUUAAGAUUA